AUGCAGAUCAUCAGCCACAGCAGCAAUACCACCACCACCAUCCUCCGCCUGUUCCGUCAUCUCAACACCAACAGCGUCAUCCUAAUCACCAACACCAACAUCAGCUACAGCAACAACACUCCAGACCGGACCGCAAUGGCGCUAAUGCAACGGUACCUGACUAGCCCCGACGAUCCCGAGUCUGACGCCGAUAUUCAGAUGCAGGUCAUGAUUUCUCAAGCUGCUGUUGACUCCAAGGGCUUUGAAGUGCUAGUCCCCCAAUCUGUUGAGAGCGUCAAGCGCCAUCAUGCAACUCUCAGUUCGAGGAUCGCAGCCCUCACAGCCCGCCUAUCACUCGAGUCCAAGAUCCGCGAAGCAGCCCAGUCCUUACUAAAACUGCACGCAGACAACAAGAAGCUGGCCCGUCAAGCAAGCGACCAUCUGGAGGCCGCGAAUCGCAAAGUGGAUCAAGUUGCGACAGAACUCUGGAAGCUUACCCAAUUGGCCGCCGAUCUGCAGAGGACGCUCUUGCAGCAUACGUCGGGCGUGCUGGCUCUUGGUGUGGUCCGACUGGAGGAUCAAGGCCGUAGGGAGAGGGAUGUGAAUGCCUUGCAGUUACAAGAGGCUAGAGUUGGCAAGGAUGUCGAAGAGCAAUUUGAGUCGAUGUCGAGGACGAUAAUGAGUCUAGAAUCAGACACGCUCGAGGCCCAAUCUCUCCUAGAGGACAAAGACCGAACGAUCGAACGACUCAUGAAACAACUCGACCACCAACGAAACCUCUACGUCCGCCUCGACGAGCAGCAACAAAAGAUGAUGGCGCUUUCUCGAUCACAACAAAAAGACCUCGACCUGUUGGACAAGACCAGGAAUGAUGCAAAGACGGUUGCUGAGCUGGAGGCGUUUUUGAGUAAAGUCGCGGGGAGGUUGCAAGGGAUUUUGCAGACACAACAGCAGCAGCAACAGCAGUAUCGACAUCAGAAGCAGGUCUCUGCUACUGAGCGAGCAUCAAAAAUUGAUGCGAUCGGCAACAGCAGUGAUGAUCAGCACCGAGAGGACGACGAGAGAGAUCGGAAUGCCCAGACUUGGCCUUCUACUUCGACUCUGCUUUCGAAGCGUUCGUCCCCGACAGCAACAGCUCAGGAGUCGUCAUUCAAGACUAGUCCGGGACGUGAGGAUUCCAUAUCGUCGUCUACUCGGGACGGCAACAGCAAUCUAGGAACGACCGUCGUCUCGGACAGGACCGCCAACAGCUCACAAGGGUCAACAUUUGUCAAUGACAAGACUGAACAUGCAGAAGCUGCGCCUCAGCACGUCUCUCGGGAACGCAUCUUUUCGACUCUGGAUGCCCUUGACCACUUCAUGGCCGAGUCUCAGCAAAAAUCCCAGAUCCUCGAGGGUGAACUGAGUCUCCUGCGACGCCAGUCUGUGGUCCUGAGUGAGAGCCGAAACAACAGCAUCAAGAUCAAGAACUUUUCGUCCGUAAGAGGUCGGGCAGCAGAGGAGACCAUCCGCUCCGCACUCGAGAAGAGCCUCAAGGACGCCUUGUUGGAGAAGGAGAUUGCGCGCCAGGAAUUGGAGAAUGAGCGACAGCGAUGGCAAGAUGACCAGAACCACCGAAUCAGCGCUUUGGAGGAGAGUCUGGUUGCUGUGGAGGACAGCGAAAAGUCAUCGGCGACCGGCAGGACAUCCUUGGAUGGAGCAAAUGAGGAUGGAGUUUCAGCGGCAGCACAGGAGGAGAUUAUUCGUACGCUCAGACAACAGCUACAGGAAGCCAUUGAUGAGAUUGAUACUCUGAGCCAGCAGCAACAGUCCAGUCUUAAGUCAAUGCGACAACUGUUUGAUAUCAUCCCAGAUUCUCGUCGCAAGAGCCAUCUGCAGUUAUUCUCAGCUCAUCAACAACAGCAGCGCAACGGUGGCAGUGGCACAGGAGGAUCUGUUUCGGGUCGUGCAAGUCCGGCUGGGAGUAUCUCGUCGGUGUCGUCCGGAAACGCGGCGAUUGGAUUCAGUAUGGAGACGCUCAUUGUGCGAGUCAAGGAGCUGGUCGCGAGGUCUCAACAGCCGAAGCAGGAUUCUUCCGAGUCGAAGCAUCCAAGAAGCAACCAGUCGACUACAGGGAGCCGCCAAACCAGCCACCAAAGCUCUACGUUGUUGCCACCAAAGCAAGCCGAUGCCGUCGAGAACCAACAACAACAACAGGAGGACUCGACAUGGGUUUCAAACUCGGAGCUGGAACGCCUUCAAGCCAACGCAGGGAUGAUCCAAUUACUCGAGAAGGAAAUCGAGCUUCUCAAGCAACACACCGAUAUGUUGUUGGACGAGAACGCCAGACUGGCAGAGAUAGCCGCAGCUUCGGCGACCGCAGUCUCUCACCCGCCAUCAAGGAGCUCGGUAGAUCUACGCGCCAUGAUUCGGCCACCGAGCAAGGACGAUGCUCUGGCCGAACUCCACGAGAUCAUUCGUAUCAAGGAUACGUUGCUCUGGGAACGAGAUCAACUGGUCGAGCAGCAAGAGAAAACGCUUUUGAAGGUUCGGUCCGAGUUGGCUCAGGCUACUGAUCAAUCAGGAGCUGUGAUCCCGCACGCGCACACGACUUCUGGAGGCAGCACGGGCUCGCCACCGCCACCGUUGAGCUCGUUUGAUGUGGUCGCUCUGGAGGAUUUCCGAAUCCAGUGCGACAAGUUGGAGGGGCAGAACGGUGAGAUGCGGAUGAUCAUUGCCGCACUCGAGGCCGCCUAUGGAGGACCCGGAUCUGGAGCCCAGUUGCUGAAGGCUCUCCAAUCGACCAACACACCUUCAUCGCCCACUUCAACAACCUCUUGGCUCAGCUCUCGCCUCGGCGCAGCAGGCUCGCUCAGCUUUGGAUCUUUGUCUCAAAAGCUUUCACCGGAACCGGCAGCGUCUUCCAGCGGUAUCAGCACCCCGAUCCCUUCAAAUGUCGACGCCUUCUCGAACAACAACAGUCAGUCUUCUCAACUCCAGCAGCAGCAGAAUGGAGCGGGGACAUUGUCUAGUGGAAGUAACGCCGCGAUCACCAGUGCCACAGCAGCGCUGAGGAAAGAGUUCCGGAGGGUGAUGACAGAGCUUCGAGAGGAGAAAGAGAAGGCAGUGCGGAAGGAGGUUGAGGAACGGCGACGGUUAGAGCGAACAGUUCGUCAGCUGCGUCGUGAAAUGCAAGCCAUCCAAAAUAGUGAAAUAUCCACCGCUUAA